UACAAUAGGGUUUGGAUCCCUGAUAAUGAUGAAGUUUGGCAGUCUGCGGAAAUCACGAAAAACUACAAGGCUGGAGACCGUUUUCUCCAUGUGCAAUUAGAAGAUGGAACUGAACUGAAUUACCCUGUUGAUCCAGCUGCCUUGCCACCCCUACGAAAUCCUGACAUACUCGUUGGCGAAAAUGAUCUCACCGCGCUUAGUUAUCUCCAUGAACCAGCUGUUCUACACAAUCUUAAAGUUCGUUUUAUGGAAUCUAAGCUUAUCUACACCUAUAGUGGAAUAAUUUUGGUUGCAAUAAACCCCUAUAAACAGUUGCCGAUAUAUGGAGAUGCUAUUAUCCAUGCAUAUAGUGGGCAAAACAUGGGGGACAUGGAUCCACAUAUAUUUGCUGUGGCGGAAGAAGCAUACAAGCAAAUGGCAAGAAAUAACAAAAAUCAGUCUAUUAUAGUCAGUGGAGAAUCAGGAGCUGGAAAGACUGUGUCUGCAAGAUACACUAUGAGGUACUUUGCCACUGUGAGUAAGUCAAGCAGCAAUGCACAUGUGGAGGAUAAAGUGUUGGCAUCCAAUCCAAUAACUGAGGCUGUCGGCAACGCAAAAACCACACGGAAUGAUAAUAGCAGUCGAUUUGGAAAAUACACUGAGAUCAGUUUUGAUCGGAGUUACCAAAUCAUUGGAGCUAAUAUGAGAACAUACCUGCUUGAAAAAUCCAGAGUUGUCUUUCAGUCAGAGAAUGAGAGAAACUAUCAUAUAUUUUAUCAGUUGUGUGCAUCUGCUAUGCAACCUGAAUUUAAGCAUCUUAAAUUAGGAAGUGCAGAAGAAUUUAACUACACAAGAAUGGGUGGCAGCCCAGUAAUAGAAGGAGUUGAUGACAGAGCAAAUAUGGUGGAGACUCAGAAGACAUUUGCCUUGCUGGGUCUGAAGGGGGAUUUUCAGAUGGAUGUUUUCAAAAUGCUGGCAGCAAUCUUACACUUGGGCAAUGUGGAAAUAACAGCUGUUGGAGAUGAAAGAUCAUCCAUCAGUCUGGAAGAUAAACAUCUCAAUAUAUUCUGUGAACUCCUGGAUUUAAAACGUGACAAAAUGGCACAGUGGUUGUGCCACCGAAAGAUUGUCACUACCUCCGAGACUGUAAUAAAGCCAAUGACAAGAGCUCAGGCUGUUAAUGCAAGGGAUGCCCUGGCGAAGAAGAUCUAUUCACAUUUAUUUGACUUCAUUGUGGAAAGAAUUAACCAAGCUUUGCAGUUCCCUGGCAAACAACAUACUUUCAUUGGUGUUUUGGACAUUUAUGGCUUUGAAACAUUUGAUGUGAACAGUUUUGAACAGUUUUGCAUCAAUUAUGCCAAUGAAAAGCUGCAGCAGCAGUUCAACCUGCAUGUCUUUAAACUUGAACAAGAGGAAUACAUGAAGGAAGAUAUCCCAUGGACUUUAAUAGACUUUUAUGACAACCAGCCUGUCAUUGACCUUAUUGAAGCUAAAAUGGGAAUUUUAGAACUUCUGGAUGAAGAGUGCUUGUUACCUCAUGGAACAGAUGAAAACUGGCUUCAGAAGCUCUAUAAUAAUUUUGUGAAUAAAAACACACUCUUUGAAAAGCCGAGGAUGUCGAACAUGUCUUUCAUCAUUCAACACUUUGCUGAUAAGGUGGAAUAUAAAAGUGAAGGAUUUCUGGAAAAAAACAGAGAUACAGUACAUGAAGUAUUGAUUGAAAUCUUGAAGGAGAGCAAGUUUCAUCUGUGUGCAAAUUUUUUUCAAGACAAUCCAGUGUCCGUUUCACCUUUCAGUUCAACUAUAAACAUCAAAUCUGCAAGACCUGUUCUCAAGCCACCCAACAAACACCUCCGGAUGACAGUUGGCAGUAAGUUCCGGAGCUCUUUGUCUUUGCUUAUGGUGACUCUUAAUGCAACAACCCCUCACUACGUACGAUGCAUAAAGCCGAAUGAUGAGAAGUUGCCUUUUGAGUUUGAUUCGAGAAGAGUUGUUCAGCAACUGCGAGCGUGUGGUGUUCUGGAAACUAUUCGAAUUAGUGCACAGAGCUACCCAUCCAGGUGGACUUACAUUGAGUUUUUCAGCCGUUACAGCAUUCUUAUGACACAGCAGGAGCUCUCCAUAAAUGAUAAGAAGCAGAUUUGCAAGACUGUUUUGCAGCGGCUAAUCCAGGAUCAUAACCAGUAUCAGUUUGGGAGAACAAAAAUUUUCUUCCGAGCAGGGCAGGUUGCUUACUUAGAAAAACUGCGAUCAGACAAACUGAGAUACGCAUGCAUCACGAUCCAAAAGAGCAUUCGAGGCUGGCUGCAGCGGAAGAAAUUUCUUCGCAUAAAACAAGCAGCUGUUAUAAUCCAGCAGUAUUUCCGAGGGCAGCGGACUGUGCGGCAAGCUAUAACUGCAAGAACUCUGAAGCAAACGUGGGCAGCUAUAAUUAUUCAGAAAUACUGUCGAGGUUACUUGGUCCGUAGACUUUGCCAGCUCAUCCAUGUGGCUGCUGUAACAAUUCAAGCUUAUACAAGAGGAUUUCUAGCAAGAAAAAAAUACCGGAAGAUGCUUGAAGAACACAAGGCUGUGAUCCUCCAGAAAUACGCCCGUGCAUGGCUUGCCAGGCGCAGAUUUCAGAAUAUUCGUCGGUUUGUAUUGAAUAUCCAGCUUUCAUACAGAGUUCAGCAGCUGCAGAAGAAGAUAGAAGAGCAGAGUAGAGAAAAUCAUGGUUUGCUGGAACGAUUGACCAGCCUGGCUUCGACUCACGUGAAUGACAUGGAAAUAAUACAGAAACUCGAAUUAGAUCUUGAAAAGGCAACUGCUCAAAAGAGAACGUAUGAAGAGAAAGGGAAAAAAUAUAAAGAGGACAGUGAACAGAAAAUCCUAAAACUCGAGAAUGAGAAUAAAGAAUUACAACAACAGAAAGAGACCUUGGAAAUAAAGCUCCAAGAGAAAACUGAGGAAAUGAAAGAGAAAAUGGAUGAUCUCACAAGGCAACUGUUCAGUGAUGUACAAAAAGAAGAAAACCAGAGAAUGAUACUUGAGAAAAAUUUCCAAAAUCAGAAGCAGGACUAUGAAAAGGAAAUCGAAAUGCUCAAGGGAGAAAUUAAAAUUCUGAAAGAAGAAAAAACUCGGCUACAACAUCAAAUUCAGCAAGAAAUUGUCAUUCAGGACAGCUUGAAAAUGGAAGUAGGACAACUUACAAAACAAGCACAGAAAAUACCUGAGUUGCAAAAGGAAAUUGAACUGCUGCAGACACAAAAAUUGGAUAUUGAAAAGCAGGCCCAGUCACAGAAGCGAGAACUGAGGGAAAAGAUGUCAGAAGUUACAAAACAGCUUCUUGAAAGUUAUGAUUUUGAAGAUGUAAGAAGCAGACUCUCCACAGAGGAUUUGGAACACUUAAAUGAGGAUGGGGAACUGUGGUUUGCUUAUGAGGGCUUGAAAAAAGCUACAAGAGUAUUGGAAAGUCAUUUUCAGUCUCAGAAAGAAAUAUAUGAAAAUGAGAUCGAAGGCUUGAACUUAAAAGUUGAACAUCUUAGCCAAGAAAUUAAUCAUCUACAGAAGUUAUUUCGAGAGGAAAAUGACAUAAAGGAUGGCAUUCGAUUGGAAGUUAGCAGGCUAACUUCAGAAAACCUGGUGAUCCCAGAUCUUAAGCAGCAAGUUUCUGAACUUGAAAAUCAAAAAUUAGAUCUUGAAAACCGUCUUCAAGAGCAAACUGUAAAGUUGAAAGGUAAAGUAACAAAUGAUGUAGAUAUAAAAGAAAAAGAGAGACUGAAAGUCACAACCCAAGAAAUUAAGGGGCUGAGCAAUGGUCUAAUGCAAGAUGAAACCCAGGAUGAAGUACAAAGCAAGAUGAAGCAAGAGACAACUCGACUUACUGUGGAAAACAUGGAUCUUGAAGAAAAACUAGACAUGAAAGACAGAAUAAUAAAAAAAUUGGAGGAUCAAAUCAAAACUCUUACCAAGACUAUUGAAAAAGGAAAUGAAGCUCAUAUGCCACCUUUGUCCAGAGAGUACAUUGGAAUGAUGGAGUACAAAAAAGAGGAUGAAGAAAGGAUCAUCCAAAAUCUGAUCCUCGAUUUAAAGCCACGUGGAGUUGUAGUUAAUAUGAUACCUGGCCUUCCAGCUCACAUCCUCUUCAUGUGUGUGAGGUAUGCAGAUUAUCUGAACGAUGCUGACAUGCUGAAAUCUUUCAUGAAUGUAACCAUUGAUGGUAUCAAACAAGUUGUUAAGGAACAUUCAGAAGACUUUGAGAUGUUGUCCUUUUGGCUUUCCAAUACAUUUUAUUUUCUUAACUGUUUGAAGCAGUACAGUGGGGAAGAGGAAUUUAUGAAGUGUAACACGCCACGUCAGAAUAAGAACUGUUUGAAGCAUUUUGAUCUCUCAGAAUACAGACAAAUUCUUAGUGAUUUGGCCAUUCAUAUCUAUCACCAGUUCAUUACUGUAAUGGAGAACAACAUUCAGCCCAUGAUCGUACCAGGCAUGCUGGAAUAUGAAAGUCUUCAGGGAAUUUCUGGCUUGAAACCUACAGGGUUCCGUAAACGGUCUUCUAGCAUAGAUGACACGGACACCUAUACAAUGACCUCUAUCCUGCAACAGCUCAGCUAUUUUUAUAGCACCAUGUGCCAGAAUGGCUUGGACUCUGAGCUGCUGAAGCAGACAGUGAAGCAGCUUUUCUUUCUGAUUGGAGCUGUCACCCUCAAUAGCCUCUUCCUCCGCAAGGACAUGUGCUCAUGUAGAAAAGGAAUGCAGAUAAGAUGUAAUAUCAGCUACUUGGAGGAAUGGCUUAAGGACAAGAAUCUUCAAAGUAGUAAUGCCAAAGAAACUUUGGAGCCGCUAUCUCAAGCAGCCUGGCUUCUGCAGGUCAAAAAGAUCACAGAUGAGGAUGCCAAGGAAAUAUGUGAACACUGCACGUCUCUUUCUGCUGUGCAGAUAGUUAAGAUCCUCAACUCGUACACUCCAAUAGACGAUUUUGAGAAAAGAGUGACUCCAUCGUUUGUUCGUAAAGUCCAGGCUAUGCUAAACAAUCGUGAGGAUGUUCCACAGCUGAUGCUUGAUACCAAAUAUGUCUUUCAAGUGACGUUUCCUUUCACCCCCUCUCCACAUGCCUUGGAAAUGAUACAAGUCCCCAGCAGCUUCAAACUUGGCUUUCUCACAAGGAUUUAA